GGCUGGGCUGCGGGAGGCGGCCGGGCGGCCCCGAGCCUAGCUAGGGCGACCAAAACAAAGGCAGCAUCCGGGACUGGGUGGAUGCAAACAACCAUGAAAGACUGGGUUCUCUCUCUCCCCGGCUCUGCUGCUGCCGCCGCCGCUGCUCCUCCUCCUCCUGCCGCCGCCAGGAGGGCUCCUCUGUGAGGGGAGGCAGGGGCGCAGCUGCUGGGCGUGAAUCCGAAAGGUGAGAGCCAGGGAGCCAGAAGAGGGGGCGGGCAGGCCACGAAAAUGUCCUCGGCCGUGGGGCCCCGCGGUCCUCGCCCACCCACGGUGCCUCCCCCCAUGCAAGAGCUGCCCGACCUGAGCCACCUGACCGAGGAGGAGAGGAACAUUAUCAUGGCAGUGAUGGACCGGCAGAAGGAAGAGGAGGAAAAAGAAGAAGCCAUGCUCAAGUGUGUUGUCAGGGACAUGGCGAAGCCUGCUGCCUGCAAAACACCAAGAAAUGCUGAAAACCAGCCCCACCAACCUUCACCGAGAUUGCAUCAACAAUUUGAAAGCUAUAAAGAACAAGUCAGAAAAAUAGGGGAAGAAGCACGGCGUUACCAGGGCGAGCACAAAGAUGAUGCUCCCACUUGUGGGAUCUGUCAUAAAACCAAGUUUGCUGACGGAUGCGGCCAUCUCUGCUCCUACUGCCGCACCAAGUUCUGCGCCCGCUGUGGAGGCCGCGUGUCUCUGCGCUCCAACAACGAGGACAAAGUGGUUAGAAUCCAUGCUUUCUUUUCUAUCAUUUGUUAUUAUAAUGUUGUGAACUUUAUUAAGUGAAUGUUUUGCCUAGUCUUGUUAGUCACUAUAAUUUCACAAAGAAAUUAUAUGUUAGGAAAAGGUCACUCCCAGUUCUUGUGGAAAAAAAAAAUAAAAUGAACAUCUAGGGGCAUUACAGAGUUUUAUAUUAAUAGGUAAAGUCUGGGUAGUUUGAGUUCAUGGGAACAGUGAUAUUUUAAUAUAAUUUAAAUCAUUAUGAACCAGUUUGUCCUCUCAGCUGAGUUUUGAUGAUGAUUCCAUCUACAAUAAGGAAUAAACCCAAUGAAACAAUAAACUCCAAUAGGUUGUACCUUUCUCCGCACUCAGUAGAUGCAUAGGCAGGUGAUUUGAAAUUUUAUUGCAGAGGGAAUUGAAUGUACUGAUUUAGUGGCAAGAAUGAAUCAAAUUAAAAUCAAAAGCUCAAAAUAAAAAGAUUUUUCUAUAGAACACAAGUGGCAGAGUUGUCCUAUUGAACCACAUUUUGCCCUUUUUUUCCUCUCUCAUGCAUAGAAAUCACUCCUAGGGUAGCGAAAGAUCACUUUUCACUCUUACCAGCUAUAGAAACCACAGAGGCCGAACUUACAAAGAUAGGAUCCAAGCAGAACCUUCAGUCAACCUGUCUUUUGUAUCCAAGAUAUAUGGUUUCAUUUAGUGUAAAUUACAAUUUCUCCAAAGCUUAGUAAUUUCCCAAUAUGAGACUGAGGCAAUGAGUAUUUUAAGUUCAAUAUAUCAACUCCGCUGCCUUUGUUCAACUCUUUUAAAAUUUAAAUGAUGUACUGUAGUGCAUACAUAGCAAGCAUGACAUGAAACUGAACAUUAAUCUUUUUAAUCUUGAUGCUAAUAUAUGUUCAUCAGUUUUUUCUAUGAGAAAGAAAUCCAGUUGAAAAUUAUGUAGGAUGGUUUGUUUUCACUAAAUGUGUUUGCAUGUACCAUUGGGGGCAUGUGAGAUCAUCGUAGGGGCUGUUAUUUUAAUGCAUUAAUGUACUGUAUUAGAAAAAAUAUAGAACUAGAAUAUCACACGUUUGGUUUCAUGAAUAUUACUUCGAGUGAGUCUGCAUUUGAAAUGUAGAUAAUUUUAGAUUCCUUUAAAAAAUAAACAUUUAAGCAAAUAGUAAUGCUGGUGCUUUAUAGACCUGGUGGUAUAAGACUUCAGGUACUCCUCUAGGGCAGUCCCUUUGGCAGCACUUCCCAUAAUGGUAGGUUAUUUGUGCUUAUUAUCUGAUUAUGAUUACUGACUGUGUAAUGAGAAUUCAGGUGCAUUUUGUGGUUCUCAGGCUAAAAAUGGAGUGGAAAGACCUACAAAACACAAUCACUUUCAGUUAUUUUCUUUAUUUUAAUUAUAAUGCUUAUAUCUGCCACUUAUUUUUAAGUACUUUGUCAUAAUUUCAUUAAAACCCUUUUUAGCCUAUUGAAGUUGUUCAAGGAAUUGCCUUUCUAGUCCAAGGAAACUGAAACCAGAUUUUGUUUUAGUUGUGCUAAAGAGAAUAACU